AUUAAAAAUAAUAACAAAUCUGAUAAACCGAGAGUCUAACCAUAACAUUGACCGGUUUUUGGAUAAACCAAUCCGAUGUGGCUUCAUUAAGUUAUUGAGCAUUGUUUAAAGACCUGUUCUUAUUGUUGUGAUCAGAUAAAAAAUGGAGUUAUGGAUAAAAAUAUGAAAUCUUAUAAAAAUUGGUUUGUUGUUUCGUGGCUUGUUUCUAUAAUUUUUGGAGCUUUUUUAUUCAGUUUUUAUAUGGCAUUAUCUGUAAAUGAAGGCAAUGAUGAUCCAGGGCAAGUUUCUGAAUUUUCUGAAUCUGACCAGGUCGAAUUGAAAAUGCAGAAUGGACACAAGACUUUAAUUGAAGUCACAAGUAUUGUUGAUGAUGAUGAUGACAUCUUUUUUACUAACAUCAAACCAUCAAUUGCACCUGCUACACCUUUGCCAUCUUCUGUGUUUGUACCUUUAUAUUCAGUUGUUUCUUCUCAUGCAUUCAAAGUACCUGUUGUUUCGAGCAAUACUUUAGAAAAUGGAGUAAUUAAAGAUGAUACAUCCCAAAUAAAAGUUAGCACUAUGCUUGAUGAAGCUGAGCAAAAAAAAAUAUUUGACAAAAAAAAUCAGAAUGAAGAAAGAAAAAAUCUGAUUGUUGACAUCGAUGAUAAAAAGAUUAAUCUACCAUCUCAUUCAAAUCCAAGCAAAAUUGACUUUAAUGACAAUAUUUUAUCUAAUAACGAAAUGCCGGAGGCAGGUCAAAAGUUAAGGUUUCGUGAAAAACUUUCUUUUAAUGAACCUGAUCCACAGAUCCUCAAGAUAGAUGACACAAUCAAUCAAGUAUUUCCAGAAGAAAAAUUGAAAGCAGAUUUUUAUAUUCAAAAUGAUAAUGAGAUUCCAAAUGAUUUAAAUAUGCCUUUGCGUUUUGGUACAAGCAUUGAGACGCAUAAUACAGAUGAUAUAGUUCAUAGUUCUGAUGAUGUCAUUCAGUUAGAUCAAAGUUUAAUUCAUCUAAUGGAUAAAGAAUUGAAGAUGGAUAUGGAAAAAAAUGCUGAUGCACAUAUUUCAAAGAAAGAAAUGCUAUCUUUUGCUGAAUGGAAAAAGAAGUUAGAUACUGAGAAGGAAGAAGAUGGAAAUGACAUUGUAAAAACUAAUUACACAAAGAAGAAAAAAGCUCCAACAAAUUCUAAAAGAACUAUAAAAAAGAAUUAUGCUUCAAUUGAGUGUGGUGCUAAAGUGAUUGCAGCUAAUGAAGAAGCAACAAAUCAAAUUGCAAUUUUAAAAGAAGACAAAGAUAUAUACAUGUUAAAUCCUUGUAAUGUAAAGGCUUGGUUUGUUGUGGAGCUUUGUGAACGCAUUGAGUUGGAUUCUAUCGAUUUAGCCAAUUUUGAAAUGUUUUCUUCAAGCCCUGAAUCUUUUGAUGUUUAUAUAAGCAGUCGAUACCCAUCACGUGAAUGGGAGAGUGUAGGUACAUUUCAAGGGACUCCCCUAAAAGAAGUAAAAACCUACACUUUUAAUGAAAAAUAUUAUGCAAAAUAUUUAAAGAUUGAAAUCAAAAAGUAUUAUGGUUCUGAGCACUACUGUCCCUUAAGUUUGUUGCGCGUUUUCGGAAUAACAGAAGUUGAACAGUUUGAUAGUGAAGAUGAGGAUGACCAUGAUUCAUCCGACGAUGAGAUUCCUAAUGAAAAUAAGACCAAUUAUGAAACAAUCAAUAUUUUUACUUCUGCAAAAAAUGUUGUAACAAAGCUUGUAAACACUGUUGCUGAAAAGAUUUCGGGUAAAAAGUUGGAAAAUUCUACAGAUAUGAACAGCAAAGAAAUUAAGUUAAAUGAAGCUAAACACGAACCUGUCAACAGCAAUGAAAUAAGGACAAGUGAAGCUAAACAUGAGCCUGUACAAGAUUAUUUUGAUGAAGUAAAAAACGAAUCUGAAAAACACUCUAAUUAUAUUAUUCUGCUUCCUGAUGAAAUUGAUCAUGAUGCAAGUAUUUUUGUGGAUUCCUUUGAGUUUAUGAGGUCUUCAAAUUUUAAUGUGUCUGUAAAUCCUAAAAGCAUGAUUUGGUUUGAUCAUGUCUUGCAUUUUAAAACAUGUCCUGUAAAAAAGUUUUUAACGCAUUUUAAGAAUCACUUUAACUAUUCCAAGUUUGUUCAGUUUAAGAAUAGGAAAAACGCUGUAAAAAGGUUUAAAUCAAAUUUUUCAAAUGUCUUGUUACCAUCUUUUAAAACUCCGUUAAAAUCUGACAAUAUAGAAUUACAAAAUUCAUAUUCUUUUCGAAGCUUACCUAAUACAGUUUCUAUUUUUUCUAGUUUUCUGAUAGAAAAACCAUUAACAAUUGAACCUGACAUAAAAGAAAAAAAUUUUUCUAAUCUAUAUUUAUCAACUAAUUAUAAUGUGGGUAUUACUACAAUGACUGAGAUGUUAAAUAUUACAGAAAAUAAGUCAAAUGAUUUGAAUAUUUCAUUUUUAAAACCUUCAAAACUGAAUAUUCAAGAAACUCACUCAUCUCUUACAUUGGCAGAUAAUUCAGCCAAUGUGGUGUUAACUGUUGAUGGCAAUAAAUCCACUGAUACAACAAAACCUGUGGUAUCUGAACACCAAGAGAGUGAGCUGUCUUCUAACAGAACAGUUUUUCCUUUAGAAGAUGUGAAUUUAAUUUUCAAUCAGACUGGUAUAAAUACUACUGUGAAUGUGACAGAAGUAUCAUUAAACCAAUCAAUAUCUGAAAUUUCAGAAAAUGCUUCUAUUAUAAACCCUGUAUCCUUUUCAGAUAAUAUUUCAGUUUCUAUGACCUCAGAGUUAUUAGAACCAACAAAUAGUAGUACUGUUCUGGAAACAACAAAAACUAUGUCAGGCUUAUCAGGUAGUAAAGAAUCAAUUAUCAUGAAACUAAAUGCAAAAGUUAAAGCACUACAAGCCAAUUUAACACUAAGUAUGAUGUAUCUUGAUGAAAUGAGUGAAAGAUAUCGUACUGCAGUAGAAGAAGUUGAUAAACGACACACAAGUAAAAAUUUAGCACUAAAUCUUUCAAUUACUUCACAGAAAGAAAUAUCUAUUGCUCAGUCACUGCUCUUGUAUAAUCUUUCUCAAGAAAUUUUUGUCCUUACUGACCAGAUGAAAAACAUGGUUCAAUCCAUUGAAGAACAAAAGAAAGUUAUUGAUGUUCAAUUUUCUUUAAUAUUGGUUGAAUUUUUUUUGGUUAUUGUUCUGAUUCUAGUUGUUUGGUGUAAAAAAACACCAGUAUUUAUUGAUCAGACUUCUCAAAAAAAUGUCAUAAUCCAAAAGAACAUUAAAGAUGAACCUCUUGAUUUAGUAGCGGAAAAUAGAAAAAGAAGCUUCAAUCAACAGUAUGGGGAGGUUUCACGUUGCUCCAGUGUUGAGGCUGUGAAGAAAAAAAGAAGAAAGAAAAACAGACCUUUAGAUGAUAUUGAUAUAGAUGCAAAGUUUUCUAAGACAGCUGGUUUGUUAUUUUCAGCUGGAAAAGGACUACUUAAUGGCAUAACAGGAGCAUUUUGUUGGAAAGCGUUUGCUUACGAAAAACGUUCAAGAAAUACUGAUGCUUUACUACUCGACGAUAAUCUUCAAAAAAAUGAUGUUAAAAUUAAAAAAAUACAACUGAACCGUGCAAAAAGUUUAGAUUUUAAAGCAAUCCAUGAGAAGGUAAUUACAAAUCGUCCUCGUAGCGUAGGGGCACUAUAACUGAAAUGAAGCGAUAGAGUGCGCUUGUUUCUGUUGCAUCGAUUAAGCAGGUGUAUUAGAUUAGCAGUGGUAUGGGUAUGAAGUUGGUUUCCAUCAAAUUGAAAAUAGUUUUUACCGAAACUUACUGUGGUCUUCGCUAGCUCAUUGUGGGCACAAAACGUUUUUAAGACGUUUUUAAAACACGUAUUAAAACGCAUUACCGCGUUUUUCAGACGUUUUAAACAUAUCUUGUGCCCACUGGGUUGUGUUAAAUCAAAUUACUACGUUUAACAGUGGUUUUGAUUGUGGCUUUUGAUAUAUUUUAAAUUGUUUUAUUGAGUUAAAUUUAUUUUACUAACUGCACAUAAUUCAAAAAAGAUAUUUAGUGUUGAUACUUGGAUAUUUAUAGUAGAAAUCUGUUUGUUAUUAAAUUUUAUUAUAUAGCGCCAUUUUAUAGUUUUACAAAAGCGUUGUUUUUAUUAU